GACUUUGUGUUCUCCUGAUACCUAUAUAAACAGCUUGGGAAUAGUAUGACUGACAUCCUCAUACACAGCCAUACACAUUUAGUCGGACACUCACACAGGACGUCAAAGUCAGUCAUGAAGGUAUUUCUGCUAAUUGCAGUUGUGGCAUUGACUGGUUGCCAUGCCAACAUCCUGUGGCCAGAGCAGCCAGAAUCACAGCUGGAGAAGGUGAAAGAUGCAUUCUGGGACUACGUUGCUAAGGCAACGCAAACAGCCAAAGACACGCUGCAGACAAUCAGACAGUCCGAGCUGGGCCAGGAAGUCAAUGCUAAGAUCACAGAGAGCGCAGAUGUGGCCAGCCAAUACGCAGUCACUCUACACAGUCAGAUGCCUCCUCUGGCCCAGGACCUUCUGAAAAAAAUCUCCCAGGAGGCCGAGCUAAUGAAGGAGCGCCUGGGGCAGGAUGUGAGCACAGUGAGGGCCCAGCUGGAGCCCUACGCAGAGGAGCUGAGGGCCAACAUUGAGCAGCAGGUGGAGAAGCUGAGGCAGGAGGUGGCCACCUACACUGAGUCCCUGGACACUGAAGCCCUGAAGGCCACCCUGCUCCAGAAGAGCGAGGAGCUGAAGCAGACCCUGGAGCAGAAAGUGAAGGAGCUGCAGUCCCAGCUGGGCCCCUACACCGAGGAGCUGAAGGAGAAAGUGGAGCAGCGUCUGCAGGAGUUCCAGCUGAGUGUGGCUCCCCUGACCGAGAGCCUCCAGACCCAGCUGACCCAGAGAGCCAAGAUGCUUCAGCAAAGCCUGGCACCCUACGCUGAAGACCUGAGGGAGAAGCUCGACCCCUAUGCCCAGGACCUCAGAUCCAAGCUCACCUCUCUUUGGGAGUCCUUUGCCAAGAGUAUCUAAAGAAAUUCUGAAUUUGCCAAUACCCCAGAACUCUCCUCUUUUGUGUUUUUGAGGAGAACCUUCUUUCUUCUCGAUCCUGCUCACUCAUGCAAUAAAACCCUCCAGAAUUACCUCUGGAACACAGUGAAAUGAACUACUGUAAGCAAUCAAUAAUUGAGUGCGAGGUUGACCAAUGAUUGAAAAGCAAAAUGUACCCUGUACCCUGAUCCAUUAUUCUAAUACUGUAUGUAUUUGUAUUUCUCUUUGAAGCCCAAAGCCUAUAUGACUAUUUGCACUGAAUAUGGAUCAAAAACUAUGCUAUAAUGUGUUUGAUAGACACUUCUGUCACUUGUUACCCUAAUUUAUGACAAUACAUAACUACAAAGAAGGAA